AUGUCUAGUGUCUAUGUCUCAUCACAAUCUGUGGAACAUUUGGUGCCAGUGUCUACUGGGUCAGUGAUGAGUAGCAUUUAUGCUUCAUCUCCGACAGUGUUUGAGUCAUUUGAGUCACUCAUUACUAGUAUUUAUGCAUCAUCAUUAUCAAUGGAACAGUCGUCAGUCUCAGAUGAACCAAUGGUCAGCAGUGUCUAUGCCUCCUCACCAUCUGUGGGACAUUCGAUGUCAGUUGAACCAUUCAUGAGUAGUGCAUAUGCCUUGUCAACAUCGAUUGAUCAGUCAGUGUCAGUAUCCAUUGAACCAAUGAUCAGUAGUGUAUAUGCCUCCUCGCCAUCAAUGGGACAUUCAGUGUCAGGUGAGGCAGUCAUGAGUAGUGAUUAUGCCUCAUCACUAUCAACAGAACAGUCAGUGUCUGUUGAACCAGUGAUCAAUAGUGUGUAUGCCUCCUCGCCAUUAAUGGAACAUUCAGUGUCAGUUGAAACAUCCAUGAGUAGUGAAUAUGCCUCUUUACAAUCAAUUGAACAUUCGAUGUCCGUGUCCAUUGGUCCAAUGGUCAGUAGUGUUUAUGCCUCCUCGCCAUCAGUGGAACAUUCAGUGUCAGUUGAGUCAGUCAUGAGUAGUGGUUAUGCCUCUUUGGCAUCAGUUGAACAAUCAGUGUCAGUGUCUGUUGAACCAAUGAUCAGUAAUGUGUAUGCCUCCUCGCCAUUAGUGGAACAGUCGAUGUCAGUGUCAGCUGAACAAAUGAUGAGUAGCGGCUAUACCUCAAUACCUUUAAUGCAACAGUCCGUGUCCAUCUCAGGUGAACCAAUCGUAUCUAGCAUGUAUGCCUCCUCGCCAUCAGUGGAACAUUCAUUGUCAGUUGAACCAUCCAUGAGUAGUGGAUAUGCCUCUUUGCCGUCGGUUGAACAGUCGAUGUCUGUGUCCAUUAGUCUAAUGGUCAGUAGUGUUUAUGCCUCCUCGCUAUCAAUAGAACAUUCAGUGUCUAUUGAACAAAUGAUGAGUAGCGGUUAUGCCUCCUCACCAUCAAUAAAACAGUCGGUGUCAGUGUCUAUUGAAUCAAUGAUCAGCAGUGUAUAUGCCUCCUCACCAUCAGUGGACCAUUCGAUAACAGUUGAACCAUCCAUGAGUAGUGCAUAUGCCUCUUUGCCAUCAGUUGAACAGCCAGUGUCAGUGUCCAUUGCACAAAUGAUCAGUAGUGUCUAUUCCUCCUUACCAUCAGUGGAACAGUCGAUGUCAGUGUCAGCUGAACAAAUGAUGAUUAGCAGUUAUGCCUCAACAACUUUAAUGGAACAUUCCAUGUCCAUCUCAGGUGAACCAAGUGUAUCUAGCAUGUAUGUCUCUUUGCCAUCAAUUGAACAGUCGAUGUCCGUGUCGAUUAGUCCAAUGGUCAGUAGUGCUUAUGGCUCCUUGACAUCAGUGGAACAUUCAGUGUCAGUUGAGUCAGUCAUGAGUAGUGGUUAUGCCUCAUCACCAUCAAUAGAACAAUCAGUGUCUAUUGAAUCAGUGAUCAGUAGUGUCUAUGCCUCCUUACCAUCAGUGGACCAUUCGAUAAUAGUUGAAUCAUCCAUGAGUAGUGGAUAUGCCUCUUUGCCAUCGGUUGAACAGUCGAUGUCUGUGUCCAUUAGUCCAGUGGUCAGUAGUGCUUAUGGCUCCUUGACAUCAGUGGAACAUUCAGUGUCAGUUGAGUCAGUCAUGAGUAGUGGUUAUGCCUCAUCACCAUCAACAGAACAAUCAGUGUCUAUUGAAUCAGUGAUCAGUAGUGGCUAUGCCUCCUCACCAUCAGUGGACCAUUUGAUAACAGUUGAACCAUCUAUGAGUAGUGCAUAUGCCUCAUCACCAUCAAUAGAACAGUCGGUGUCAGUGUCUAUUGAAUCAAUGAUGAGCAGUGUAGAUGCCUCCUCACCAUCAGUGGACCAUUCGAUAACAGUUGAACCAUCCAUGAGUAGUGCAUAUGCCUCUUUGCCAUCAGUUGAACAGUCAGUGUCAGUGUCCAUUGCACAAAUGAUCAGUAGUGUCUAUUCCUCCUUACCAUCAGUGGAACAGUCGAUGUCAGUGUCAGCUGAACAAAUGAUGAGUAGCAGUUAUGCCUCAACAACUUUAAUGGAACAUUCCAUGUCCAUCUCAGGUGAACCAAGUGUAUCUAGCAUGUAUGUCUCUUUGCCAUCAAUUGAACAGUCGAUGUCCGUGUCGAUUAGUCCAAUGGUCAGUAGUGUUUAUGCCUCCUCGCCAUCAGUGGAACAUUCAGUGUCAGUUGAGUCAGUCAUUAGUAGUGGUUAUGCCUCAUCACCAUCAAUAGAACAAUCAGUGUCUAUUGAAUCAGUGAUCAGUAGUGUCUAUGCCUCCUUACCAUCAGUGGACCAUUCGAUAAUAGAUGAAUCAUCCAUGAGUAGUGGAUAUGCCUCUUUGCCAUCGGUUGAACAGUCGAUGUCUGUGUCCAUUAGUCCAGUGGUCAGUAGUGCUUAUGGCUCCUUGACAUCAGUGGAAUAUUCAGUGUCAGUUGAGUCAGUCAUGAGUAGUGGUUAUGCCUCAUCACCAUCAAUAGAACAAUCAGUGUCUAUUGAAUCAGUGAUCAGUAGUGGCUAUGCCUCCUCACCAUCAGUGGACCAUUUGAUAACAGUUGAACCAUCUAUGAGUAGUGCAUAUGCCUCAUCACCAUCAAUAGAACAGUCGGUGUCAGUGUCUAUUGAAUCAAUGAUGAGCAGUGUAGAUGCCUCCUCACCAUCAGUGGACCAUUCGAUAACAGUUGAACCAUCCAUGAGUAGUGCAUAUACCUCUUUGCCAUCAGUUGAACAGUCAGUGUCAGUGUCCAUUGCACAAAUGAUCAGUAGUGUCUAUUCCUCCUUACCAUCAGUGGAACAGUCGAUGUCAGUGUCAGCUGAACAAAUGAUGAUUAGCAGUUAUGCCUCAACAACUUUAAUGGAACAUUCCAUGUCCAUCUCAGGUGAACCAAGUGUAUCUAGCAUGUAUGUCUCUUUGCCAUCAAUUGAACAGUCGAUGUCCGUGUCAAUUAGUCCAAUGGUCAGUAGUGUUUAUGCCUCCUCGCCAUCAGUGGAACAUUCAGUGUCAGUUGAGUCAGUCAUUAGUAGUGGUUAUGCCUCAUCACCAUCAAUAGAACAAUCAGUGUCUAUUGAAUCAGUGAUCAGUAGUGUCUAUGCCUCCUCACCAUCAGUGGACCAUUCGAUAACAGUUGAACCAUCCAUGAGUAGUGCAUAUGCCUCUUUGCCAUCAGUUGAACAGUCAGUGUUGGUGUCCAUUGCACCAGUGAUCAGCAGUGUAUAUUCCUCCUUACCAUCAGUGGAACAGUUGAUGUCAGUGUCAGCUGAACAAAUGAUGAGUAGCGGUUAUGCCUCAACAACUUCAAUGGAACAGUCCUUGUCCGUCUCAGGUGAGCCAAUUUUGUCUAGUAUGUAUGCCUCCUCACCAUCAGUGGAACAUUCAUUGUCAGUUGAACCAUCCAUGAGUAGUGGAUAUAACUCUUUGCCAUCGGUUGAACAGUCGAUGUCUGUGUCCAUUAGUCCAAUGGUCAGUAGUGUUUAUGCCUCCUCGCUAUCAAUAGAACAUUCAGUGUCAGUUGAGUCAGUCAUGAGUAGUGGUUAUGCCUCAUCACUAUCAUCAGUGGACCAUUCGAUGGCAAUUGAACCAUCCAUGAGUAGUGCAUAUGCCUCUUUGCCAUCAGCUGAACAGUCAGUGUUAGUGUCUGUUGAAUCAGUGAUCAGUAGUGCAUAUGCCUCUUCACCAUCAGUUGAACAGUCAGUGUCAGUGUCCAUGGAACCAAUGACCAGUAGUGUAUAUGCCUCAUCACCAUCAUUGGAACAGUCGAUGUCAGGUGAGUUAGUCUUGAGUAGCGGUUAUGCCUCUUCACCAUCAAUGGAAGAGUCAGUGUCUAUUGAACCAAUAAUCAGUAGUGUCUAUGCCUCCUCACCAUCAGUGGAACAUUCGUUGUCAGUUGAACCAUCCACGAGUAGUGAAUAUGCCUCUUCACCAUCACUUGAACAGUCAGUGUCUGUGUCCAUUGCACCAAUGAUCAGUAGUGUAUAUGCGUCCUCACAAUCAGUGAAACAGUCAAUGUCACUGUCAGCUGAAGAAAUAUUGAGCAGUGGUUAUGCCUCGACACUAUCAAUGGAAAGAUCCUUCUCUAUGUCAGAUGAGCCAAUCGUGACUAGUAUGCAUGCGCUAUCGCUAUCAGUGGAACAGUCAUUGUUAGAGUCAGGGCAAUCAUUGCUAAAUGUUGAGUAUACCGUAUCACAGUCACUGGAACAACUUGUGUCUGUCACGGUUGAGCCGGAUAUGUCCAGUAUCUCUGUCUCAUCACUGUCAACAGAUAGGUCAUUGUUAGGGCCGUUUGAGACAGUAACACGUAGUGGCUAUACAUCAGCACCAUUGGCUGAACUGUCAGUCUCGGUGCCAGCUGAACCACUAACGGGUAGUGUCCAUUUGUCAUCAAUAUCAUUUUCUGGGUCUGUUGGACCAUUGAUGAGCAGCAUGUACACCUCAUCACCAUCGGUGUUAAUGUCAGUUGAAUCAACCAAGAGUAGUGUUUAUGCCUCCUCCGCCUCCGCCUCCUCCUCCUACUCAUCAUCAAUAAAAUGGUCGUUAGCGUCAGAGACAUUGUCACCCGUAAGUAUUAUCAAUAUCUCAUCUCUAUUAAUGGAACAGUCAUCUGGGUCAAGUAAACCCUUGAAGAGUAGUGGCUAUGCCUCGUCACUAUCAAUGGGACAGUCUUUAUCUGGGUCAAGUGAAGCAUUGAAGAGUAGUCGCUAUGCAUUUUCACCAACUGUGCAACAGUCAGUAUCAAUGUCAGAUAGUACAAUAACGAGCAGUGGUUCUGCCUCAUCACUAUCAUUCGAUCAGUCAUCAGGGCCAAAUGAAUCACUGAGUAGUGGCUAUGCCUCGUCACUAUCAAUGGAACAGUCGUUUGGGUCAAGUGGAUCACUGAAGAGUAGUGUCUAUCUCUCUUCACUAUCAAUGGAACAGUCAUUUGGGUCAAGUGAGCCACUGAAGAGUAGUGUAUAUCUCUCUUCACUAUCAAUGGAACAGUCGUUUGGGUCAAGUGAACCACUGAAGAGUAGUGGCUAUGCCUCGUCACUAUCAGUGGAACAUGCGUUGUCUGAGUCAAGUGAAACAUUGAGUAGUAAUGCCUAUGCCUCGUCACUAUCAAUGGCGCAGUCAUCAGGGCCAAAUGAAUCACUGAAGAGUAGUGGUUAUCUCUCUUCACUAUCAAUGGAUCAGUCAUCUGGGUCAAGUGAACCACUGAAGAGUAGUGGCUAUGCAUUUUCACCAACUGUGCAACAGUCAGUUUCAAUGUCAGAUGGUACAAUAACGAGUAGUGAUUCUGCCUUAUCACUAUCAUUGGAUCAGUCAUCAGGGCCAAGCGAAUCACUGAAGAGUAGUGACUAUGCCUCGUCACUGUCGAUGGAACAGUCAUCUGGGUCAAGUGAACCACUGAAAAGUAGUGUCUAUCUCUCUUCACUGUCAAUGAAACAGUCGUUUGGGUCAAGUGAAUCACUGAAGAGUAGUGGCUAUCUCUCUUCACUAUCAUUGGAACAGUCGUUUGGGUCAAGUGAACCACUGAAGAGUAGUGUCAAUCUCUCUUCACUAUCAAUGGAACAGACGUUUGGGUCAAGUGAGCCACUGAAGAGUAGUGGCUAUGCCUCGUCACUAUCAGUGGAACAUGUGUUGUCUGAGUCAAGUGAAGCAUUGAGUAGUAAUGCCUAUGCCUCGUCACUAUCAAUGGCGCAGUCAUCCGGGCCAAAUGAAUCAUUGAAGAGUAGUGACUGUCUCUCUUCACUAUCAAUGGAACAACAGUCUGGGUCAAGUAGACCAUUGAAGAGUAGUGACUAUGUCAUAUCAAUAUCAAUGGAACAGUCAUUAUCUGGGUCAAUUGAAUCAUCAACGAGUGGUGGCUAUGUCUCUUCUGAAUCAAUGGGACAGUAUUCUGGGUCAAGUGAACCAUUGAAGAGUAGUUCCUAUGCCUCGACACUAUCAAUGGUGCACUCAUUAUCAGGAUCAAGUGAACUAUUGACGAGCAUUGGCUAUGCCUCUUCACUAUCAAUGGAACAGUCAUCUGUGUCAAGUGAACCACUGAAAAGUAGUGGCUAUGCCUCGUCACUGUCAAUUGAACAUACAUUAUCUGGGUCAAGUGAACAAUUGAAGAGUAGUGGCUAUGCCUCUUCUCUAUCAAUAGAACAGUCUUUUGGGUCAAGUGAACCACUGAAGAGUAGUGGCUAUGCCUCGUCACUAUCAAUGGAACAGUCUUUAUCUGGGUCAAGUGAACCAGUGAAGAGUAGUCGCUAUGCAUUUUCACCAACUGUGCAACAGUCAAUUUCAGUUUCAGAUGGUACAAUAACGAGUAGUGAUUCUGCCUUAUCAUUAUCAUUGCAUCAGUCACCAGGGCCAAGUGAAUCACUGAAGAGUAGUGACUAUCUCUCUUCACUAUCAAUGGACCAGCCAUCUGGGUCAAAUGAACCAUUGACGAGUAGUGACUAUGCCACAUCAAUAUCAAUGGAACAGUCAUUAUCUGGGUCUAUAGAAUCAUCGAAGAGUAGCGGCUAUGUCUCUUCUGUAUCAAUGGAACAGUCUUCUGGGUCAAGUGAACUACUGAAGAGUAGUGGCUAUACCUCGUCACUAUUAGUGGAACAUGCAUUGUCUGAGUCAAGUGAAGCAUUGAAUAGUAAUGCAUAUGACUCGUCACUAUCAACGGAACAGUUAUCUGGGUCAAGUGAACAACUGAAAAGUAGUGGUUAUGCCUCGUCACUGACAAUGGAACAGACAUUAUCUGGGUCAAGUGAUGCACUGAAGAGUAGUGGCUAUGCCUCUUCUCUAUCAAUGGAACAGUUUUUUGGGUCAAGUGAACUACCGAAGAGUAGUGGCUAUACCUCGUCACUAUUAGUGGAACAUGCGUUGUCUGAGUCAAGUGAAGCAUUGAAUAGUAAUGCAUAUGACUCGUCACUAUCAAUGGCGCAGUUAUCUGGGUCAAGUGAACAACUUAAGAGUAGUGGCUAUGCUUUGUCACUGUCAAUGGAACAAACAUUAUCUGGAUCAAGUGAAGCAUUGACGACUAGUGGCUAUGCCUCUUUACUAUCAACGGCGCAGUCAUUAUCAGGGUCAAGUGAAUCACUGAAGAGUAGUGGCUAUGCAUCAUCACUAACAGUGGAACAGUCAGUUUCCGUUUCAGUUGGUACAAUAACAAAUAGUGGUUCUGCGUCAUCACCAUUAUUGGAUCAGUCAUCUGGGUCAAGUGAACUACUGAAGAGCAGUGAAUAUACCUUGUCAGUAUCAAUGGAACCGUCCUUAUCUGGGUCAAGUGAACAAUUGAUGAGUAAUGCAUAUGCCUCAUCAAUAUCAAUGGAACAAUCGUUAUCUGGGUCAAGUGAAUCACUGAAGAGUAGUGAUUAUAUCUCGUCAAAAUCAAUGGAACAGUCCUUAUCUGGGUCAAGUGAACCAUUGGAGACCAGUGACCAUGCCUCUUCACUAUCAAUGAAACAGUUAGUUUCAGUGUCAGAAGGUACAAUAACGAGUAGUGAUUCUGUCUCAUCACCAUCAUUAGAUCAGUCAGUGUCAGGCUCGUUUAUACCAAUCACGAGUGAUAGCUAUGCUUCAUUACUAUUAAUGUUAAUGUCCGGUACAGGUGGAUCAUUGAAGAGCAGUGGCUAUGCCUCAACACUAUCGAUGGAACAGUCAGUUACAGAAAUAGCUGGUAUAAUAACCAGUGGUGAUUCUGCCUCAUCGCUAUCAUUGGAUCAAACAUUGACAGGCUCAUUUAUGCAACUGACGAGUGUAAUCUAUCCCUCAUCACAAUUAAUGGAACAGUCAUUUUCAGUUUCAGUUGGUACAGUAACGAGUAGUGAUUCUGCCUCAUCACCAUCAUUGGAUCAUACAUCUGAGUCAAGUAAGCCAUUAAAGAGUAGUGAAUACGUCUCAUCAGUAUCAAUGGAACAGUCAUUAUCUGGAUCAAGUGAACAAUUGAAGAGUGGUGAUUAUGUCUCAUCACUGUCAAUGGAACAGUCGUCUAGGUCAAGUGAACCACUGAAGAGUAGUGCCUAUGCCUCGCCACUAUCAAUGGUGCCAUCAUUAUCAGGAUCAAGUGAACUAUUGACGAGCAGUGGCUUUGCCUCUUCACUAUCAAUGGAACAAUCAUCUGGAUCAAGUGAACCACUGAAGAACAGUGGCUAUGCCUCUUCACUAUCAAUGGAACAGUCAUCUGGGUCAAGUGAACCACUGAAGAGUAGUGGCUAUUCCUCGUCCAUGGACUAUACAUUAUCAGGGCCAAGUGAAUCAUUGACGAGUAGUGGCUAUACCUCUUCACUAUUAAUGGGACAUUUGUUGUCCGAGUCAAGUGAAGCAUUGCAUAGUAAUGCCUUUGCCUCGUCACUAUCAAUGACACAGGCAUCAGGGCCAAGUGAAUCACUGAAGGGUAGUGUCUAUGCCUCGUCACUAUCAAUGGAACAUGCAUUAUCUGGGUCAAGUGAACAACUGAAGAGUAGUGGCUAUGCCUCGUCACUAUCAAUGGAACAGUCAUCUAGGUCAAGUGAACAAUUGAAUAGUAGUGACUAUGCCUCUUCACUAUCAAUGGAACAGUCAUCUAGGUCAAGUGAACAAUUGAAGAGUAGUGACUAUGCCUCUUCACUAUCAAUGGAACAGUCAUCUAGGUCAAGUGAACAAUUGAAGAGUAGUGGCUAUGCCUCUCCACUAUCAAUGGAACACUCAUCUAGGUCAAGUGAACAAUUGAAGAGUAGUGACUAUGCCUCUUCACUAUCAAUGGAACAGUCAUCUGGGUCGAGUGAACAAUUGAAGAGUAGUGCGUAUACCUCGUCAUUAUCAAUAGAACAAACAUUAUCUGGGUCAAGUGAAGCAUUGACGAUUAGUGACUAUGCAUCUUCACUAUCAAUGAAACAGUCAGUGUCAGUGUCAGAUGGUACAAUAUCGAGUAGUGGCUCCGCCUCAUCACCAUCAUUGGAUAAUGGAACAAUCAGUACUGAGUUUGGUUCACCUUGGAAUAAGUAG